GGUUUUCCUCCCUUGCUUAGUAUUGUAAGCAGAAUGAAUCAGGCAACAGUAACUAGUGUCUUGGAAUAUCUGAGUAAUUGGUUUGGAGAAAGAGACUUUACUCCAGAAUUGGGAAGGUGGCUUUAUGCUUUGUUGGCUUGCCUUGAAAAACCAUUAUUACCUGAGGCUCAUUCACUAAUUCGGCAGCUUGCAAGACGGUGCUCUGAAGUGAGACUCUUAGUGGACAGCAAAGAUGACGAAAGGGUUCCUGCUUUGAAUCUAUUAAUCUGCUUGGUUAGCAGCUUUCGGGAUGCCAACCUGCCCCUGAAGGUUAUUCCCCAACCCUUCAAUGGCAACAGCAACAAGUGGCACAGUUUUCAGCUGUUCGACAGAGUGUGAACAAACAUAGAAGUCACUGGAAAUCACAACAGUUGGAUAGUAAUGUUACUAUG